AUGGCACCCACCAUUUCCAAAGACGAAACAAGGGCAAUGUUCGCCUCCGCUCUAUCAGAAAUGUAUCGCCGUGAGGUCCCCCAGUACGGAACCCUCCUUGAGCUCGUCUCCGACAUCAACAACCGCAAUCCCUGUGCAAACGGCGUCACCAGCAGCGCCCCCUUGCAGAGGCAGCCUCGCAUAGAGGUUGAACGCCACGGCGCAAUCCGACUAGGCAAGCCCGAGGAACUAGCUACGAUGCGCCGCCUGUUUGCCAUUAUGGGAAUGUAUCCGGUAGGCUAUUACGAUCUAACUGUCGCCGGCCUACCCGUACACGCGACAUCGUUCCGGCCGAUUUCACACGCAAGUCUCUCCAAGAACCCAUUUCGAGUAUUUACUUCGUUACUGCGGUUGGACAUGGUCAGUGAGAAGGGCGGGCUACGCGCCAGAGCCAAAGAGAUCCUAGACCAGCGGCAGAUUUUCACGCCUCGAUGUUUAGAAUUACUGGAGGAACUGGAAUCAAAGGGGUCGUAUCCCAGGGAAAAGGCCGAAGAGCUACUGCAAGAAGCCCUGGAGACAUUCCGCUGGCACAAGUCCACCACAGUCGACAAGGACACAUAUCAAGCCCUACAAGCGGCGCAUCCUCUCGUCGCAGACGUCGUCUGCUUUCGCGGUCCACAUAUAAACCAUCUUACGCCGCGCGUGGUGGACAUUGAAGCUGCACAGAUUGAAAUGCAAAAACGGGGGCUUAAUGCAAAAGAUCGCAUUGAGGGACCGCCGGUAAUGAAAUGGCCAAUACUCCUCCGACAGACAAGCUUCCUGGCGCUUGAAGAGCGGAUUACGUUUUCCGAUGGCACGCAUCAGGCUGAUGGGAAGCAUAAGGCGCGGUUUGGUGAAAUCGAGCAGCGAGGAAUGGCCCUGACGCCGAAGGGCCGGCGGCUGUAUGAUGAAUUAAUGGGACGUUUUCAUCGCAGCAGCAAUGAUCUUCAACGCCAGACGGGGCCAGAUCCCAGGUCAAGCGAUGACAUUCUCCGUGAAAUAUUCAAGGGAUUUCCAGACGACUUGGACACGCUCCGUCGGGAGGAACUGGCUUACUUCCGCUACCAUGUGCAGACACCACCAGCAAACAGUAACAAUAGAAACCUAGAGGCCUUGAUCGAUGCAGGCACAAUACAGGUCGAGCCGAUCACAUAUGAGGACUUCCUCCCUAUUAGUGCUGCUGGGAUCUUUUGCUCGAAUCUCGGCUCGAUGUGUGCAACCAGUAAAGCUGCCAAUUCGGAUCGCACGGCUUUUGAGCAAGCUUUAGGCUGCACUGUGCAGAGCGAGUUUGAAGUUUAUGGAGCCAUCCAGAAGCAAAGUAUAGAUGAGUGUUGGGAGAUUCUGAAAUGCACAAAUUAG